AUGGCUCCUCCCGCCGGCGAUGUCGUGCAGUCGAAGAAGUCCUUCAUGGGCAUGCCGGGCUUCAUGGUCGAUUUCUUGAUGGGUGGUGUUUCCGCCGCCGUCUCGAAGACCGCCGCCGCGCCCAUUGAGCGUGUCAAGCUGCUCAUCCAGAACCAGGAUGAAAUGCUCAAGUCUGGCCGCCUCGACCGGAGGUAUGCUGGUAUUGCCGAUUGCUUCAGGCGAACCGCUCAGGCCGAGGGUUUCCUCGCUCUAUGGAGAGGUAACACCGCCAACGUUAUCCGAUACUUCCCCACCCAGGCUCUCAACUUCGCUUUCCGCGACACCUACAAGUCCAUGUUCGCCUUCAAGAAGGAGCGUGAUGGUUACGCCAAGUGGAUGAUGGGCAACCUGGCCUCUGGUGGUGCUGCCGGUGCUACUUCCCUGCUCUUCGUCUACUCCCUCGACUAUGCUCGUACUCGUCUCGCCAACGAUGCCAAGUCGGCCAAGAAGGGUGGUGAGCGCCAGUUCAACGGCUUGGUCGAUGUUUACAAGAAGACCCUCGCCUCUGAUGGUAUUGCUGGUCUCUACCGUGGUUUCAUUCCCUCGGUCGUUGGUAUCAUCGUCUACCGUGGUCUGUACUUCGGCAUGUACGACUCUCUCAAGCCUGUCGUCCUGGUCGGUCCUCUCGAGGGUAGCUUCCUUGCCUCCUUCCUGCUCGGCUGGACCGUCACCACUGGUGCUGGUAUCGCUUCUUACCCGCUUGACACCAUCCGUCGUCGCAUGAUGAUGACUUCUGGUGAGGCCGUCAAGUACAAGUCCUCCGUCGAUGCCGCUCGCCAGAUUAUCGCCGCCGAGGGUGUCAAGUCUCUCUUCAAGGGCGCUGGUGCUAACAUCCUCCGUGGUGUCGCCGGUGCUGGUGUGCUCUCCAUCUACGACCGCGUGCAGCUGCUCAUGUUCGGCAAGGCCUUCAAGGGUGGUUCCGGUUAA